UUGUUUAAUAAACUAGUGAGGAUAAAGUUGAAAAAAAAAUGGAACCAAAGAGGGAGUAGAGUAGGAGAGUAGGACUACAAGAUCAAGGUAAUGUAUUGGAUGAAAAAGGCAAAACCGAGAAUGAAAAGCCUAUUAGCUACCACUGCCUCUCGUGAGUGUGGUGGAGACCCUGGAAAGGAGCUGGAAGUGGAGAGGGGGAGGAGGAGGAGGCAAAGAGCAGACAGAGAAAACAGCAGAAACAGCAACAGCAGCAAAAACAGCACACACAGCACACACAAGAGCUGGGAACAAAGAGCACGAGGAGGUGGUGGUGAAGAUGCAUGAACAGCUCCAGCGUCUGGCGCUGAGCACAGCGUGGCCCGGUGUGGGGUGAGGCCGGUGCACCGCUGACU